AUGUUUCCAAUCACAGGAUUUAAAUUACUUAAAGACAUAGAUACACAAAAUUACGAAGUAGUAGUUGUAUCACCCAGUACUCCUUUACUUGCUUCAUCAUCAGUAGGUACUUUAGAAUUUAGGUGUGUUACAGAACCUGUCAGAAGGUAUUCGCCAAAGAUUCAGUAUUAUCAAGCAUAUGCAGAUUCAGUAGAUCUUAAGAAUAAACUUAUUAAUUGUACUUCUAACUUGGAUCGUAAGAAAGACAAAUUUAAUAUUCAAUAUGAUACAUUGGUUGUUGCAGUUGGCGCCAACUCCAAUACUUUUGGUAUUCCGGGAGUUGGCGAUUAUGCAUUAUUUUUAAAGGACAUCUCUGAUGCCCGUAAAAUACGUCAAAGGGUCAUCGAAUGCUUUGAGCACGCAAGUCAACCAAAUGUAACUAAGGAAGAGGCAACUGGUCUAUUACAUUUUGCAGUUGUUGGUGGAGGUCCUACUGGUGUUGAAUUUAGUGCUGAACUUCAUGAUUUCAUUACACAAGAUAUGGCACGUUUAUAUCCAAAUUUGAUUAAUUCGGUCAGCAUGACUGUAUAUGAUAUUGCACCACAAAUUCUUGGAUCAUUUGAUCAAAGUCUUAGAGAUUACGCUAUCAAGAAAUUUACGCGUAAAGGUAUUAAUAUACGUACAGGUACAUUGGUAAAAGAAGUGAAAGAACGUCACUUGAUUGUAAAUGAUAUUGGAGAAGUACCAUAUGGAAUGUUGGUAUGGGCAACAGGUUUAACGGAUAAUCCAUUGACACGAGCUAUGGGUGAACACAUAAUGAAAGAUAAAUCGGCGAAAAGGUAUGCUAUUGGUGAUUGCGCUACAAUAAAAGAUUAUGAUCUCCCUGCCACAGCUCAGGUGGCAAAUCAAAAAGCGAAGCAUUUACGAAAAGCUUUAACACAAAUUGCUCAAGAUGGUGGUUCGUUCGAAAGAGUGAUGCCAUUCCAAUUUACAAAUCUUGGAAGUAUGGUUUAUAUUGGAGAGCAGAAAGCUGUUGUUGAUUUUACAUCAACAAAUGUCAAAGCAAAAGAACGAGGAACUCUUGCAUGGGAAGGAACUAUGACCAGGGGAAUGUAUUCUUCUAAUCAAGAAAAAAAUACCAUCACUAACUACGAGAAUAAAAAGACACUUGUUCUUUACGAAUUUCCAAAUAAAUUCCUUAUUUUUACAAUCAUGACUUUAAAAGCAGUUGCAAUACUUCGUGGUGAUAAGCCAGAAAUUAAAACUUGUGGUAUUGUUACCUUCACUCAAGAAAAUGAAAACGCGCCUACUACAAUUGAUGUAAAUAUUAGUGGUUUAGAACAAGGACAACAUGGAUUCCAUGUUCAUGAAUUUGGUGAUAAUACUAACGGUUGUACUUCCGCCGGUGAACAUUAUAAUCCGUUUAACAAAACGCACGGUGCUCCGACUGAUGAAAAUCGUCACCUUGGAGAUUUGGGUAAUCUCACGGUCUCUGAAGAUGGCACAGUAAAAACUCAAAUCAAAGACAAUCAAAUUACUUUGACAGGACCAAAUUCUGUUGUUGGUCGUUCGGUCGUCGUCCAUGUUGGUGCUGAUGAUUUUGGUAAAGGUGGUCAUGAACUUUCUCUUAAGACGGGAAAUUCCGGUCCCCGUAUCGCGUGUGGUAUUAUUG